UUCACGAGACUCAGUAUUAUACGUGGCUUUAAAAGCAGAAUUUACGGCACAUGAGCAAGACGCUCAUACAAUGGAGCUCGGCAACACGUGCGAGUUCGUAAGGGCACACAUGGGAGGACUGAACCCUGUCCGCAUAUUGAAAGGAGAAGCUGAGGAGGAGAAAGCAGAAUCUGCAAGGCUAUCAUCAUUUGUGGGUGCCAUUGCAAUUGGAGAGCUCAUGAAGAGUACGCUGGGGCCCAAAGGCAUGGACAAGAUUUUACUAUGUGAGUCGAGGCAUGACAGUGGAAAGGUGGAAGUGACAAACGACGGGGCCACGAUUCUUCGCUCUGUUGGGAUUGACAACCCAGCUGCCAAGAUCCUCGUUGAUAUUUCCAAAGUGCAAGAUGACGAAGUUGGGGACGGCACAACGUCUGUCACUGUUCUGGCCACAGAGCUUUUGAAGGAAGCUGAGCUGCUCAUCAGCACAACCAAGCUCCACCCGCAGACCAUCAUUUCAGGGUGGCGGAAAGCAACAGCAGUAGCUAGGCAGGCUCUGGAAGCAUUUGCUGUCGAUAACAGUGGCAACAAAGAGAAAUUCAACGAGGACAUGUUGAACAUCGCACGCACCACCCUUGGCUCCAAGAUCCUGUCUCAGCACAGCGAGUUCUUCGCGCACCUGGCAGUAGAUGCUGUCACCCGUCUGAAAGGCUCCGGAAACCUGGAGGCUAUCCAGAUUAUCAAAAAGCUGGGAGGGAGCCUCACAGAUUCCUACCUUGCUGAAGGUUUCCUGUUGGACAAGAAACCCGGACUGCAUCAGCCAAAGCGAGUGGAGAAGGCUCGCAUCCUCAUUGCUAACACCCCGAUGGACGCCGACAAGGUCAAGGUGUUUGGAACUAGAGUUCGGGUCGAGUCCAUUGCGCAGAUUGCGGACAUGGAAGUUGCCGAGAAGCAGAAGAUGAAGGAGAAGGUGGAGCAGAUCCUGAAGCACAACAUCAACGUCUUCAUCAACCGACAGCUCAUCUACAACUACCCCGAGCAGCUCUUUGCCGAUUCUGGUGUCAUGGCCAUUGAACAUGCAGACUUCGACGGCAUUGAACGCCUCGCUCUUGUCACAGGUGGAGAAAUUGUGUCCACCUUUGGAAACCCCGAGCUAGUGCGCCUUGGAACGUGCGAUCUCAUCGAGGAGGUCAUGAUUGGUGAAGACAAGCUGUUGAAGUUCUCCGGAGUUCCCCUUGGCGAAGCCUGCACCGUUGUCAUACGCGGAGCCACACAGCAGAUUCUGGACGAGGCAGAACGUUCCUUGCACGACGCUCUGUGUGUCCUUUCUCAGGUUGUCAAGAACAGCAAAGUCGUAUAUGGAGGAGGCAGUUCGGAGAUGUUAAUGUCAGCUGCCGUCACAAAGCUGGCAGAAUCAACGCCCGGCAAAGAAUCCAUGGCCAUGGAGUCAUUUGCCAAGGCCCUUAGACAGCUCCCAACAAUCAUUGCUGACAACGCUGGUUUUGACAGUGCACAGCUGGUUUCAGAGCUGAGGGCUGCCCACUCUACUGGGCACAGUUCCUAUGGAAUAAACAUGAAUGAAGCCAAGGUUGACGACAUGGCCAAACUUGGAGUGACAGAGGCACUGGUUGUGAAGCGCCAGGUGCUGCUUAGUGCUGCUGAGGCGGCCGAAAUGAUCAUUAGGGUAGACAAUAUCAUCAAAUGUGCACCUCGUCAGCGUCAACCGGAUCACAGCCACUAAUGGAGCGAGACUACGUGGAACAAAGACUUGUAACUUAAAUGUCAACUUCUCUCAAUCACGAGUUCCUUUUCUGUUUUUUUCAAUAAAAUUGUUUUAAAAACA